GGCGCAUGCGGACAAAGACCAACUCCAAAACCAAGAUGGCGUCUACAGAAGAGUCUUUAGUUUGGACUCCAGAAUUAGAAGUCAGUUUAUUCCACUCAAUGAAGGGACACAAACCUGUUGGAAUAAAUCGACAUUUUCAUAUGGCGUGUAUUCAUGAUAAAUUUUCAACGUCAACGGGAAAGAAAAACAUUUCUUCCAAACAGAUAUGGGAUCAUCUACACGAGCUCUACAACAUGCAAGCACUGGAUGAGCUUGAGAGUCUUCCAUUUCCAAAUGACGAGACCGAGUUCAGUCUUCCAGAUGAAAUAUUUGAAUCAAGUCGAAAAAAUCAAUUGGCGAACACUUCAGAAUCUUCAGGGACUUCUGAUGAAGCACUUCUUAAGAUGAAACUUCAGGGUCUCGCUAGUAACCCUUCCAAUGUCUCUACACCUGAUUCAUCACCAAAGCGAAAGAGAACACGAAAUGUAAACAGCGCCAGUUCCUCRCAACCGUCAUCACCCCAUCCUGCUCCGAGCUCUACGAAGAGACGUCGAUAGUCCAUGCUUAUUCAAGAGGACUUAAAUUAUUAAUUACUGAACAUUGAAGYUUUAAUGGAUUUCAACUAUCAAAAGUAAAUAUAUAUUGUAGGAUAUAUUAAAGCCUCAAGUACUAAUGUACUUGCACUGGGUUAUAAUUCCCUUGGCACCAGAGAUUCUUAUCAAGGACUUUAAUAUUUAGUGGUAAAUUUAAGAUGCUUUAUUAAACAGCACUAAAGUAGAAAGUCUAGGACAUCAAAUGCAAUUAUACAAAUAAUAAUCAACAUACUUCAAGUAGCCUGCAAGUUAUGGCCUAACCAGGGUUUUGUUCUAGCUGAAAACAGGCUAUUAUCAAGAAGGAAAGCAAGAGUAGCCUUGGGAAAUCAAAGAACCUGUUUGUGCAUUGCAUGCAGAAUUCAGAUUGUACUCUUAUGUUGUACCGUACAAUGUAUGUGAAAAACUCUGUGUAAAAUUAUUUUUCUUAAGACAGUGUCGAAUUUGAAAUCCUUUGCAGAACUUUGGCUAAGUACAUUUGGCUAAAUGUUACAAAUCCCAGGUUGAAAGUACUGUCUUCAAGCAAUAGACAGAAAAAAAUGAAUCAGAGAUUGUUUCUUUUUUACUGGUAACUAAAGGUUCAACAGACAUCCCCUUAGAUUCUGUCUAAGGAAAUGGUAUUUUGAAUAAGCCUCCUUUAAAGUGGAUCAGAAGUGGUUUCUUUUUUAAAGUUAUGUUGCUCAUAACCUUUCCCCACCCCGUCUUCUCCCCCUCAAAAUUGAGAAACAAUAGCUGCUUUUUGCUUUCUUUAUGAGCUUUGCCAUGCUUGAAACUCAAAUACUGUAAUAAUCUCAGGAUUUCAGUGAUCAAAAAUGGUUCAUCAUAUGCCACUAGGAUAUAUUCUUCUUCUAGUCGUUAUGAGUUAUAACGCACUUUAAAGUGUUAUGUAUGUAUACUAUUGAAGAAGUCGUGAAGGCUACAGAAACACAAUAUCGCAGCUAUUAUUCAACUUUCUUUAUAUAAGAUUAAAGUUCCUUUAAACUUG